UAUAUGAGACCUAAGACAAUCACACUCGAAAAGAAGUAAACUCCCUUUGCUAGAAAAAAUGGCAGGCAGAAGAACUGAAGCCAUUUUCCUGUUAUUUCUACUGCAAAUUGCUGCAUUUUGUGAUUCACGCACCCUGUCGACAAAUUCCAGAUGGAUAGUCGAUCAGGCGUCUGGAAAAAGAGUAAAGUUAGCCUGUGUGAAUUGGGUUUCGCACCUGCAGCCGAUGAUUGUGGAAGGCCUGGAAAAGAAGCCCGUGAGCUGUAUAGCAAGGCAGAUAGUUGCGACGGGCUUCAACUGCGUGAGAUUCACAUGGGCUACGUUUAUGUUCACCAGGACUGAUUACAGCAAGCUUACGGUUUCGGAAUCCCUGGAUAAAUAUGGCCUGAAAGACGCAAAAGCAGGCAUUAUGAAGAACAACCCUCAGUUCUUGAACAUGAAUGUGGUGGAAGUUCACAAGGCUGUGGUUAAUGAGCUUGGGAAGAAUAAAGUCAUGGUGGUGCUAGAUAACCAUGUCAGCCAGCCGAAGUGGUGUUGUAGCGGCGCAGAUGGCAACGGGUUCUUUGGCGAUGCUGAGUUUGAUCCCACGGAAUGGCUCCAGGGCCUGGCUGCUGUUGCAGGGACGUAUAAGGGUAAUUCCGUGGUAAUAGGUAUGAGCCUUAGAAAUGAACUGCGUGGUGACCGGCAGAACGAGGCCGACUGGUAUAAAUACAUGCAAGAGGGAGCUAAGACGGUCCACCAAGAAAAUCCUGAUUGUCUCGUCAUCGUCUCAGGGCUAUCCUACGACACCAACCUUGGUUUCUUGAAGGCAAAGCCAUUGGGAGUGAAUCUGAAAAACAAAUUAGUCUACGAAGCACAUUGGUAUUCAUUUGGCACCCCUGCUGACAAAUGGGCCGCUGAGACAAACCACCUAUGUGGUGCUGCAGCCAAAACAGCACGAGACAAUUAUGUUUUCUUGACAACAGGCGACAACCCUUUUCCUCUUUUUCUGAGUGAGUUUGGUAUUGACCAAAGAGGUGCAAAUGAGGCAGACAAUAGGUACAUAAGUUGCUUGUUGGCAGUUGUGGCGGAGACAGAUAUUGAUUGGGCAUUAUGGACUUUUCAAGGCAGCUACAUGCUCAGAGAGGGGACAGUUAAUCUGGAAGAAGUUUAUGGAGUCAAUGACCUUAACUGGGAUCGUCCUAGGAAUCCUGCUUUUCUAGACAGAUUGCAACUUAUAAGACAACUCAAUCAAGAGCCGAAGACUAAUCGCCCGACCUACUACAUAAUGUUCCAUCCGCAAAGCGGCCAAUGUGUGCGUAUUGGCAAGACUAACAUUGUCUUAGCCAACUGCAAAACCGCGAGCCAUUGGGAUCAACACCAAGAUGGUGGCACGAUCAAGGUGGCUGGCAGUCCACAGUGCCUGGGGGUGGCAGGAGACGGCAAGGUUGCCGGUGUUUCCGAUGAUUGCUCGAGCAAUGGGAGCAAGUGGAAGCAUGUGUCGAGCUCUGGCCUUCACUUGGGUGCACAAGAUGGAGAAGGGAAGUAUUUGUGCUUGGAAAGGAGUGCUUCAAACUCCACACUUGUGACCAAGAAAUGUCUCUGUGUCGGAGACAAUCUUGUUGAUUUUCCUACUUGUGAUGAUAAUCCGGAAGUACAAUGGUUUAAGCUUGUUCCGGCAAAUGUAUGACAACAAUUGUAUUUAUACAAUAUAAGAUGUUGGUAAUGGAAGAAAUUAAUUUAUAAGAACCGUUAACAACGGUGAAAGAUCUUCUAUCUCAUUU